UCACCAGACGACCUCUAAUACGUACUAUCAGUACGGAAAGAAGAUUCUCGCGAAUACGUAGUACACGUGGUCAAUCGAUCGACUGAUCGAUCGAAUAAAAAGUGAGUUCCUGGCUACUAUCAUCGAUCAGUAGUACGCGCAAUCACGAUGGCUUCAGCGACGGCCAGCGUUAUCUCUCUGCUCGUGUUCAGUGCAGUGCAUUUUAGUGUCUCUGUUACUCCGUCACCACGGGUAGAUACCCUCCGGUUGUCAUGUGCCGUUUACUUACCCAAAUGUGCGUACCAUACAUUCAUUACUGUGAUAGGCGACAACAACAGUGUCAAGCGAAAGGAACUGCACUACGACAUGCUGCCUACCAUCGAUCCGACGGCGUUCAACAAUGUGCAAGGGCUGGAUAUUUCCGGAAACCCACCAUUGCCAAGAUUUGACUUCUUCCUCCAUCUGCAUAUCCUGACAAAUCUCAACAUGUCACAUAUGAAUUUGUCCUUCACGCCGGCAAUGGGCAACAUUUUCGAAGACCUAUCGCAGCUAACCGUGCUAGAUUUAUCGGCAAACCGGAUCACCAGCGUACCGAACAGCCUGUUUGCCAACCUCGUACAGCUCGAUCGGCUCGAUUUGUCCGGCAACGGGAUUCAACUAACGAACGCUACCCUCACCGGGCUAAAGCGUCUUCGUUGGCUCAAUCUAGCUAGCAACGAUAUCUCCAAUCUACCGAUGGGAAGUUUCGCAGCCCUGGUAUCUCUCGAUAAUCUGAAUCUUCGCCACAAUCGCAUAUCCAAGCUGGAUUUCGGAACGUUCUCGAUACAUCGGAUAAAAGGCUUUAGCGUACUGGACCUCUCCUACAACCGCUUCAUUGACCCGAACUUGAGCACACUAGCAACCUUGAGAAGUUUGAACACUUUGUUACUGCACGGUAACGACCUAUGGACGAUUGACCCGCAAGUCCUGCAUCUGCUCGAGCUCCAGAACCUUGGCAUCCAAAACACUGAAGUCAAGUGUAGAAAUUUGAUUGAGCUAGAGGCAGCCGGGAUUGAGUUGAUUGCCGAUGACGGUGAUUAUGUCUACGACCAACGGAACAUGUACGGUAUUCGGUGUGUGCUCUAGGAGUCAGAGCUUAUUCAUCAAUAAAGUCAGAUGCAUCAAC